AUGCUCGGCUGGACUGGGCUACAGCAAAGGUCACAAGAAACCGACCGAAGACAAACAUCGACUUUGAAAUACGAUGCGUUGAAUGUGCUCAAGAAUUUGCAUUUCUGGGCAUUGGACAAGUCAUCACUGUUUGAGCUUUUCCUGAACAGGACAAGACUUCCAAACAUCCCAAGGUUUUUUGCCCUCGAUUUGGAAGGGCAUCUUUCGAAGGACCCGCCUGUAGUUGAACAGGCUGCUGCAAUCAACGUUGAUUCAAUGAAGGAAAAGGACUAUCAGUUCUUAUUCAACGUUAACAUCAACAAUCCCCAGCACCUCAACAACAAAACGGAGUCCCAAGAAACCAGAGAUUUUGGCCAAACCCUUCUAGGGUUUGGCAAAUCCAGCUAUUGGCAUUACAACAAAGACGCAUUGUCAGGCAUACGGGUUGACCCUACUCAAGCAGCUACACUCAUCAAAGAAAGUGGGAUCACAUGCGACGACUACAUUAUUGUCUGGCAUAAAACCCGAGCGGAUGUUACUGCGUUGAGACACAUACUCUCAGAAGCUGGUUUUCACGGGGUUAUGCCUCCAGAUGACCAUAUCAUCCGUUUGAACUACCUUUUUCGGCAUAACGUCGAAUUGCCCAAAGGGGUGAAGUGUGGUCUUGAGUUCCUCUUUUCUACUUUCUUUCCUACACAUCCCUUGCGACUCAGUCACCAUGACGCCCUGAUUGACAGCAAGAAGGCUGCCCUUAUGGCCUUAUUGGCAGAAAAGCUGUGCAAGGGAGAGGGCACAGCAGAUUUGCAUGGUACUGGAUAA